UGCCGAACUUCAGGGAAAACCAGCACAGAAAUGGCAGAAGCCCAGAGGAUCCAUCCUGCUGCAGACUUCCGUUCUAAGCCUACAGCACCUCUAGUGGAGCCUGGCUCUUCGUCAACCUUGGAGAAAGGGAAUUCCAUCCAUCCCCGUGCCCCACCUCCACGGGCCGUCCCUUUGGUCUUCUCCAGCCCACCGAGAAAGAGAAGCUGCUGCUGCAGAUGCUUCUGCUGGACCAUCAGCAUCAUCAUCGUUUUACUGAUCCUCAUUGGAGUUGCCAUCGGGGUUAUCUUCCUUGUCUUCAAGCCGAAGCAUCCGCAGUAUUCUGUUGAUAGCCUGAGAAUAACUGACUUGAGGCUCAACCUCGACCUGACCCUCUACACUCGCUUCAAUGUUAAGAUAACAGCAAACAACCCGAACGAGAAGAUCGGGAUAUAUUACGAGAAAGGAGGGUCCAUCAGUGUGUGGUUCCAAGGUACUAACCUAUGUGACGGGCAACUCCCGAAGUUCUAUCAGGGCCACAGAAAUGUAACGAAGCUCGACAUGGCCUUAACUGGUCAGAGAGCAUCUGGAAGCACCAUACUGUCCGCCCUGCAGCAGCAGCAGCAGACAGGAAAUAUCCCUCUGGACCUUAAGGUCGAUGCGCCGGUCAGAAUCGAGCUCGGAACAUGGAAGCUGAGGAAGAUAAGGGUCCUGGGAAAGUGUUCAUUGGUGGUCGAUAGCUUAAGUACCAACAGCCAGAUCAGCAUCAAAGCCAACAAGUGUAGCUUCAGUUCUAAGCUUUAAAGUUUAGUUCCGCGUAUGCCACUGCUUCAUCAGCGCAUUCUUUCGACUUCAUUCUUUUCAGUUCAUUUUGCUCCCUGCUUGUACUCAUUAGACGUAAAAUGAUGAAUAUUUUCACCGUGUGUGAAGAAAUCUAUUUGAUUUGUUUUUCUACAUCUCUACAAAUUCACAACAGCAUUUCUUUCUGAUCAUCGUUUUUAUAAAAAAAAAGGAAACA